AUGUGAGUCUCUUAUUGUAUGGUUUAUCUCAAGGCUCUUGUUAAUUGCUUGGACUGUUUAUGUUUGGGCCUUCGUUGCCAUUCUUACUCCUUUGUGGAGAUGUUUGUUCUAUCAAUUUCUUCUUUGUGAGAAAAUUGUUUAGUUGCAGGGAUGAAAUCCUUCUUUGGUGUUGCUAGGCUUGCCAUCUCAUCUCUCACUGGUAUGGGAUGGUCCUUCAUCAUUUCUUCUGAAGUUCUCCUGCUUGAUGGUUCUAUCCUUAGCCGAAAGGAUUGGUGUUUUGAAGACAUUCAAAGUCACCUUGCAUCUAAAAAGCUAUCGCUUCGACAAUGCUUCAUUAUUGUCCUUGUAGCAGACAGUUUGGCACUCAAGAAAGCAUUCUUAGAUGCUUGUUUUGCUUCUUUGAACAAAUUCUCUUCCCAAAAUUCCCUCUUGUUUGGAGUCCUAUGGAUGAUCAAGACUUGUCGGUAUUGCAAGGUUCCUCCUCCCGACUGAUAGUCUCCUCUACCUUUGUCGAAGAGUUUAUAACCGUUCAGGUUAUUAUCCAUGUGGUCAAUCAAGAAGAUAUUGAGAUUGUACUUGUUUGUUGGUCUCUUAUAUUCUCCUUUGAUUUGUAACUUAUCUAUCCCUCGUUUAGCUAUCUUUUGAUGGCCUUUUUGGCGCUUGUUGCCUUACUACUUUGUAUUUCCUUACCUUUGGAUGUAUUUCCUAUUCUGUUUUAG